AUGUCGCCUCCGGGCCCGGGCCUCUCUCCUGCUGACUCUCGCGGCGCUGGUAGAAUCAGCAGCAGCAGCAGUAGCAGCAGCAGCAAGCGCAGCAGCAAAAAGGCCCUCUUAAAGCAAAGGAGCCCCAGCCCUGGAAUAGACCCGUGGGCUGUCAUCCCCUCCCCCGAACCCGUGAGCAAGCAACGAAAUAGCAGCAGCAGCAGGUGCAGCAGCAGUAGCAGAGCCCAUACGGCCACGGCGGCACGGCCUAGCAGGCGGAGCUGCCAUGCUGUUCCCAUCAGCAGCAGCAGCAGCAAACAAUGGGACGACGGCAGCAAACAGUGGGAAAACAGCAGCAAACAAUGGGACAGAAGCAGCAUACAGUGGGACAGAAGUAGUAGCCCUCAUCCAUGGGGAACAUACUGUGGCAGUCACAACAGGAACAGCUGGUGUGCAGGUAGCAGCAGCAGCAGAAGCAGCAAUGGCAACUGGGGCCUUGGCAGCGAUGGCGGCUGGGCGUCUGGAGUAAGCUGGCUCGAGCGCUGCAGCAGCAUUGCUGCUGUGUGCCGCAACCCUGCAUCAGACGAGCAGCAGCAGCAGCAACAGCAGCAGCAGGAUUGGCAGCAGCCAUGGAACGCAACGUAUUCACCGCAGUGGCAGCAGCAGCAGCAGCAGCGUACUCAGCAACGGCACAGCUGGAACCCACAAAGCUACGGGCAGCGGCACCACUUGCAGCAGCAGCAGCAGCAGCCCAAACAGCUGCAGUCUGAAGAAGGUCAGCAGCAAAGCUUCUGGCGGCCGCAGCAGCAGGAGCGGCAGCAGCAGCCAGCGGAGCCAAAGCAGCCACAAACUGCGGAGGAGCAUUUGCAGAGGUGGCAAAAAGAGCAGCAACAGCGAGAGUGGGAACAGAAGAGUUACCAGCAGCAAACCACAUGGCAGGGGCAGCAGCAUGAGGAAGGGCAGGGGCGGCAGCAGCAGCAAGUUGGCUGGGAGCAACAGCAGCAGCCGCUACAACAGCAACAGCAAUCUCAGCAGCAGCAUUGGGGGCAGCACCAGUAUUCGUGGCAGCCAAAUGCUGAGUGGCAGCAGCAACAGCAGCAACACGAAAUCUUGUAUGGCUGGAAUGAGCAGCAGCAAGCGUCUGGCUCGCCGCUGCUGCAGCAGCAGCAGCAGCACAUAUGCCAGCAGUCAUGGCUCUACAGACAGACGCACACUGACUGGGAAGACCAGCAGCAACGUGCUGCGUGGUCGCCGCCACAGCAGCAGCAGCAACAGCAAGUAAAUCCCUCCGUCACCACAGCUGGCAAGUCAUUUCAGCUGUCACCGCAUGCGCCAGCGUUUCCCCCACCGCUGCCCCCGCCACCGCAGCAGCAGCAGCAGCAGCAGCAGUGGGAGCUGCUGCAGAAGUCCAUUAGCCCUGCUGCAAAGCUUCCAUUUUCGGUGCAGUCGCCUGAAGAGUGCAGCAGCACUUCUUUUGGCGGAGGCGGUGUUCGUGUCAGCCGCAGUCAUGCUGCUGCUGCAGCAGCUGCUGCAGGAGCGUUGCAAACUGAGCAGCAGCAGCAGCAGCAGCAGCGAGAGCAGCUAGCGGAAUGGCUGCUCCAGGGACGCUCUAGCGAGUCUCCUCUUUCGCAGCAGCAGCAGCAGCAGCUGCAGCAUCUAUACUUGUCCUCCCCUUUGACCGAUUCAUCUCAGCAACCACAAGCCACUCCACAGCAGCAACAGAAGCAGCAAGGGCAGAAGCAAAUCUGCCUGACACCAUAUGACUUUGUCUCUUGUGUUGGCCCUCCACAAGAGCCUGCGGACUCACUAGACCACUUCCAGCAGCUACUGCAGCAGGAAGCGGAGCCAGAAGACAAGCUGCCGCAGAAGCCGCCACUGCAGCAGCAGCAGCAGCAGCGGCAGCAGCAGGCGUUGCAGGCAGGCGCGCCCACCCCUUCUAGCGUUUUAUCGUCGACCCCGCAUACAGCCCAGCGAGUGCGUGUGGCAGCUCAGUCAGCCAUACAGCAGCUACAGCAGCAGCAGCAACAGCGGAAGCAGAAGUCGGAGCAGCAGCAGAGGUCUCCCCUGCCAGGUGAUGCGCCUGGCAGACGUUCCUCUGCGGGAUGGCUGCAGGGGCUGUUGCUGCUGCAGCAGAGCCCCGCAUCCAACAGGCACUUAAAAGCUGCAAAAGCGAAUGCUGCGCCUUGUGCUGCUGCUGCUGCGCCUGCGAGUGCUGCUGUACCAGGUGCUGCAGCAGCGCGGCACGCACCAAGCUGCGAUCUGCCCACAGCAGCUUCACCUGCAGCGAAGGCAGCAGCAGCAAAAGCGUCGACCACAUGUACAGCAGCACCGCGAGCAACAGCUGCUGCCUUGCGGGCAGCAGCAGCAGUGGCAGCAGCUGCGGACGCAAUGAGAGCAACUGCUGCUGCAGCUGCUACCUUUCCUAGCGCUCAUUCGUCGGCAGAAGCACCGGCAAGAGAAGCUACUGCAGCAGCAGCAAAGGCAGUAGUUGCUGCUUCUGCGCAACGAGCAGUUGAAGGGAUACGGAAGCCGUCCCCGGCAGCAGCAGCAGCAAUGGCAGGAAAGCGAGCAGCAGCAGCAGCUGCUUCUUCAGAUGCAGCACCACCAGCUACAGGAAGGCAGGCGGCAAACAGCCUCAAAUCCUUGCUUCCAGCGUCCCGCGGUUGUUCACCUGCUACAGCAGCAAGGCGUGCUGCUGCAGGAGUCCGCGCCAGUGGAGUCACCGCUGCUGCUGCAUCGGGUCGUGAUGCUGCAGCGAGCUCUGCUGCUGCAGCGAGCGCUGCUGCUGCAGCUGCGGUCCCGGCUGCUGCAGGAAGCCGUGCCGAUACAUUAGGCCCUGUUGAUGCACUUGGCCCUGUUGCUGUAACAGUCCGUGUUGCUGCAGCUGCGGGGAGUUCUGCUGCUGCAUCAAACAGUAGAGCUGCAGUACGGACUGCUGCUGCAGAGGCCUUUGCGGCUGCAGCAAGGACUUCGCCUGCAGCGGACUCAUUGGCUGCAGCACGCUCAGCUGCUGAAGCAAACUCUGCUGCUGCCAGUCCGCUUCAACGUCGCGAUGCUUCUGCUGCUGUACAUGUGACGCCACGAGAUGUGCCCACAGGUUGCCGCAGCAGCACACACCACAGCAGCAAAAGCAGCGGCAGCAAAAGUAGCAGCAGCAAAGUUAGCAGCAGCAAGAGCAACAGCAGCAAACACAAAAGUAGCAGCAGCAGCGGACUUGACACGAGCAGAGGCAGGUGCAGCACCAGCAGCAACAGGAGCAGCAGCUGCUGUAGCAACAGCAGCAGAAGCAGAAGCAGCAGCAGUAGCGCCAGUAGCAGCAGCUGGAAACCCGCGCAUCGGCCAUCUGUUGGGCAGAAAGACAACAUAAACAGAAAUAGCUGCAAGGAUCCCCUAUUCGAAGAGCAGAACCGAAGGGCAGCCGCAGCAAAAGUAACCUCAACAUCAGUCAGUGUAGCAGAAUGCGUCGGUGCUGCUACUGCUUCUCCAGUUGCUGGCCACGUUUCGAGCGCUACAGCUGUUCAGGCGGCCUCGGUUCAAGAAUUCCACAGAGAACAAAGGGCACAGCGACAGCAAGAGCUGGGGCAAAAGCAGCAGCAGCAGCAGCAAAAGCAGCAGAAACAGCAACGACGCAUUGUAAAGCGGCUCGAUGAGCCUGUCCGGAUCGCGGAAGCGUAUGAAGAGCAGCAGCAGCAGCAACAGGAGGAGCAGCAGCAGCAGCGGGAAGAGCAGCACAGCCGUUCGCUUGAAGGCCGUGAGCUUCAACCGGAGCAGCUGAGGCAACAGCAGCAGCAAAGCCAUCAUCAGGAGCUGCAAAAACCAUCAGGACAGCACCAUGUACCCCAGCAAGGCGAGAAGCAGCAGCAGCAGCAGCAGCAACAGCGUGCAUCGGAACAAGAGGCGCAUCGAAAGGACGAGCGAAAGCGAGAACAACAGCAACAGAAAGAGCGGCAGCAACAACGUCUGCCUAAAUUUAUGGACACAGAGUUGCAUCCAGAGCAGCAACGACAAAGUCAGUCUCAGCAAGAACUUAAACAGCAAAAGCAGAAGCAGCUUCGAGAAUUUUCGCAUCAAGUGACAGCAAUCAACGAUGAGGCGACCACUGGACCAAUUCAGGGAACAGCAGCUGUAGCAGCAACAGAGAAACCGGGAGCAGCAGCUGAAGCAGCGGAAACAAUAUCGCCACAAGCAACAUCCCCAGAAGCGUCAGCAGCAAGGGCCGAGACUCCCACAGAUCAGGAGGUAAGAAAAAUCGGGGAAGUGCAUCAAGCCUCAGCAGCAGCCGCAGCAGCAGCAUCAGCAGCAGCAGCAGCAGUAGCAGUAUUCUCUCACCCUGCGUCAGCUACGAGACCGCCACCAGAUGAAGGCGCAGUACUUAGAAGUGCCGCUGGAGCAGCAAGCCCUGCAGCAGCAGCAGCCACUCCAGCAGCAACCGCAGCAGCGCAAGCUGCUGCCGCCUUGCCGGCAUGGGAAGCUGCAGCAGCCACUGCUGCGCCUGUUGCACAACCUGAUGGCUCUGCUGCCUUAUCUGCUGCUGCGCCUGCCAACGGGGAAGCCAUAGGAGAAGACGCCGUUGAGCAGAGCACAGCAGCAGCAGCAGCAGCAGCAGCAGCAGCGACAGGCUCUGUAGCAGCAAAUGCUCCAGCAGGAGACGGUGCAAUAGGAGACGUUGCUCCAGUCGCAAACGCAGGAGCAGCACCACCCGCAGCACCGGACACAGCAGACGAAGGCGCAGAAGCAGCAGCCGCUGUGGCCGCAGCAGCAGCAACAGCAGAUGAAGCAGCAACACAUGCAGCAACCACAGCAACCACGAAUACAGCGAGAGACGCUGCCGUAGCAGACGCAGCAGCAGAAGCGCGCGGAACAAAUGUAGCAGCGGACACGGCAGCAGCGACUGCAGGUGCAGUAGACUCAGCAGCACCUGAUUUAGCCUCAGUUGAAGCACCAAAUGCAGAUGCAGCAGCCAGAGAAGCAACGGCAGAUGCUGCGGCAGCAGACGUAGCAGCAAUAGCAACUGUAGGAUCAGUGGCAGAUGUAAAAGCGGCGGCAGCAUCGGGAGCUGUAGCAGCGGACGCAGCAGCAGCACUUGUAGCAGCAGCAACCGCAGGAGCACCAGAAGCGUGCACAACAUCAGCAGACGCAGCCACAGCGAACGCAGCGGAAGCAGAUGGGACCGUGGCAGCAGAAAGCCCAGCAGCGGCAGGAGCAGCACAGGAUGCGCCAGCGGCAGCAGCAGAUACGUCAUCAGAAGGCAUCGCAGUGGAGGAAGCAGCUGCAACGGCAGCAAUUGCAGGAACAGGCACAUUAGCAGCUGCAGGAGCAGCAGACGCAGCAGCGGCAAAAGCGGAAGCAACAGGAAAAGACACAGCAGCUACAGGCACAGCAACAACAUACAAAGCCCCAACAGCAGCAGAGACAACCACAGCAGUUUUAGCGGCAGAAGAUGCAGCAGCAGCAGGCGCAGAACCAGGAGAAGCAAAUGCAGCACCGGCAGAAAUGGCAGCAUUGGGUGCAGCCGCAACAGCAGCAGCAGCAGCAGUAGACAGAGCAGCAGAGUCCGCGAGAAUCGACACAGCGCCAACAACAAGCGCGACAGACUUAGCUGCAGCAGUAUGUGCAGCAGCAGCUGCAGCAACAGCAGCGGAAGACUCAGCGGCAGCGGCAACAGACACAGCAGCUGCUCGCGCUGUAGCAACAUGCAAAGCCGUUGCAGAAGCAACAGCAGCAGAUCCAGCCAAACACGCAGCAGCAGCGGACACAGCGGCAGCAAGUGCACAAGCGGCACAGGUGAAAGUGACAGAUGGCGAGUCAGCAGCAGAUGGGGCGCUAACAAAUGCAGUAGUAGCAGACGCAGCAGUGACGUAUACAGCAGCAGCAGACUCAGUGGCAGCGGAAGCAACAGGAGCAGCCUACAAAGAAAUACUACAGCCAGGAGUAUCUGCAGCGGGAGCUGUGCGCACAACAGCAGAAGAAAUAGAAGCACCAGGGGAAGCAAAAGUAGCUUUAGGAACAGCAGCACUUGCAUCUGAAUUGCUGGAGGGACAGCCGGAAGAACAGUGGCAGCAGCAGCAGCAGCAACAAAGCCAAGAGGCAGCAGCAGCUGAUGUGCGUGCGCUUGAUGGGAAACCCAAAGACCAGCAGCAACAAUCUCAGCCGCAGCAAGCGCAGCAGCAGGAACUGCAGCAACUGCAACAGCACCAACCGCAGGAGCAGCGCCACGCGGAGCUGCAGCAACUGACCUCUGAGCCGGAGGACCGACCUCUAGAAGGAGAAAAAAUGCAAGAAGUGCAGCGCCAGCUGCAGCAGCAGCCAGUUGCCCAGCAGCAGCGGCAGCAGCAGCAAAUGGCCAAGGAAAUUGCAGUAGACGUCGCUCACGAAGGAUCAGCGGUGGCUGCUGACACUGCAGCUGCAAGUGCUGCUGCUGCAGACGCUGCAGAAGAGGGCACUGAAGAAAGUGUUUCUUUACAGUCCGCUGCUGCUGCAGGGUUGGAUGAGCAGCAACAGGAGGAGGACAAGCAGCAACAGCAGAACAGCAGCCAGAGCGGGCGCUUCCAGCCUGCCUUCGCUCGAGUUUCUGCCUGCAGCGAGAAUGAGCUGCAGCAGCAGCAGCAGCAGCAGCGCCAGGAAACGCUCAGUGUUGAUUCGAAAAGCAGCAGCCCUAGACCAACUGAAGAAGCGCCUCAUGCUGCUGAUCGGGAACCGCAGCAACAGCGGCAGACGCAGGAGCAGGAAGCGCAGCAGCAACAGCAGCAAGACGCUUCUGCUGCAGACCAAAAGACACCUGCAGCGCCCGCAAACGGAACACAGUCUCCAAGCAGCAGCCGCAAGAGCAGCAGCAGCAGCAGUGGCACCAACAGCAGAAGAAAGAGAAACACUAGUAGGGGCAAAGAUUCUGUUGGGGCACCGAAAGAGCAGCAGCAGGCUGCUGCUGCUACUGGCUCCACGGCCUCUGCUGAUGCUGUGUCAGAGCCUCCGCUAAAGCGCGGCCGUUGCAGUCCGCGAAGGCGGCAGACCCCUGCAGCGCCAGCAGCAGCAGCAGGAGCAGCAGAAGCAGCAGAGGCAGCGGAAGCAGCAGAAGCAGCAACAGAAGAAGCAGCAGCAGCACCUUCCGUUGCUGUGGAAAUAAAUGCACGAGCAGUGACCGUGUCAGUUCCUGCUGCUGCUACUGAAAAGCAGCCAAGGCCUCUGCAGAGCACUGGCAGCAGUGCAGGUCCGCGGCGCGAAUGCUUAGGCAGCAACGGCGGCAUCAGCGGCAGCAGCAGUAGCUGCAGCAGUCGCUUCUCUCGUUUUGUGGCUUCUCUAGAUCGCCACCAGCGGCAGCAGCAGCAGAUAAUCCAGCCGAAUGCCCCUCAGCAGCAGCGGCCUAAAGAACUGUCGCCACCACGGACGCCACUGCAACAGCAGCAGCAUCAGCAGCAGAGGCAGCGGCAGCAGCGGACAGCCACCGACUCCCAAGGCAAUUCUGUUCCCUGCGGGGGCCCACGGUCUUUGCGUGGUUCAUCUGCUGCUGCAUUCGAGGCGGGACCUUCUCCGUUUUACUCGAGUGCUGCUGCAUCGGCUGCAGCAGCGGCAGCAGCAGCAAGCCAGAGCGGAACUACAGAGUCUCUGCUGCUUCGCCGCCGCGCUGCCGCUCCGUACGUCAACCCACGACCCCAGCAGCAGCAGAAGCAAGCACACAGUGAUGGCCUCAUGCGUGCUGCUGCUGCGCUGCAGCAGAAGCUGAAGGCACCUCGUACUGCUGGUGUGAAGCAGCAGCAGCAGCCGCAGCAGCAGCACCGGCUCGAGUGGUGGAUGGGCGUAGGAUGGCUUAAAAUCACUGACACAAGGCUUGGCCAGGGCACAUUUGGCAGCGUCUUUGAAGCAGAGUGGUCCAGGGAGACACAGCAACAGCAGCUGCAGCUGCUGCAGCAACAGCCCCAAAGAAAGGAGACUCCUGAUAUAAAGCCGCAGCAGCAGCCACAGUCUCCGACGAAGCAGAGGGGCUCUAGGCCUCGACGAUCUGCAGCCCCUCCGCCGCCGCAGUGCAGCAAAAGCAGCAACAGCAGUUGCUGCAUCCCUCCUGCGGAGAGCUGCAGCAGCUGCAGCAGCUGCCGCACUGCGUCUGUGUCGCCUCUUGCGCUAAAAGAAUACAAGACAAUGUCUGCUGCUCCAUUUCAGUUCCUGCGAGAGGAGGCUCUGAUGAAGCACUUCAACCCCCACGUCAUUCGACCCAUAGCCACGCGCAGCUACCGCGAGCAACAGCAGCAGCAGCACGGGACCACACGGGUCUUUCAGCUGCUGAUGCCGAGGGCCCUGGGAGACCUUCAGGUGCUGCUCAGGCGCCUUAUUGUUAGGAGGGCCAAGGCAAAAGUUGUGCUGGCGUGGUAUGCAGCGCAGAAGCAGCAGCACCAACAAAGAAAAACGCAUUCCAGUGGUGCAGCCGCAGCACCGGCUGCAGCAGCGGCAGCACCGGCUGCCGCAGCAGCAGCAGCUGCAGCCGCAGGAGCUGCACCGUUGGAAGUUUCUAUCGCCGGGGCAGCCUCAGUAGAUUCUUGCGCCGCUACCACCCCAACAGCGGCAGCAGCUACAAGCAGUGCAAGCAGCAGCAGCAGCAGCAGCAGCAGCAGCAGCAAGAGUGGGAAGGUCCUGCCUAGCAUGGAAUCUCUAUGGCGUGCCUACGGGUCUGUAGGGCCCUGCGGCCUGACUGAAUUUGAGGCCAAGUUCAUUGCGGCCCAGCUGCUGCAGGGGGGGGCUUUUCUGCACUUUUGCUGCUCCGCGGAAGUGCUGCGCGUGGUGGAUGUCAAGCUUUCAAAUAUUCUUGUCUUCGCUGCUGAGGCCGAUGCAGCAAGACCCCUGAAGUGGCUCAUUUGCCUCGCGGACUUCGGCUCAGCUAUCAUCAACAACCCGCAGGACCACCUUCGGGCAUCUACGCCUUGGAAGGGGGGCCAGGAGGAAAAGCGCACUGUGCUUUGCAAUGCUGCAGCAGCAGCGGGCAUAAGGCUAAGAGCAGCAGCAGCUAUUGGGUUCAACGCAUGUGCUGCCAUUUUAGAGCAGCAAGCUGCUGCUGCAGCACGAGCGGCAGCAGUAGCACCAGGACUUGCUGCUGCGCACGCAGCAGCUCCUGCUGCCCAGCAACAGGAAGAGAAAGCAGAAGCAACAAGUGAAGCAGCAGCUGCUGCAGCACCUUGCGACAGAGGACCAGCAUCCACUGCAGCAGCAGCAGCAGCGGCAGGAACAGCAGCAGAGGCACCCGCUGCAGCAGCUGCAACAUGCAACAUUGCUGCUCUAAUUUGUGUUUGCUGUUCACCGGCCGAUGGAGGCCUCAGAGGCUUUGGGGUGCAGCAGCUGCUGCUGCUGGCGUCUAUGUUGAAUAUACCCGCGGUUGUAAUCCGCAGCAAGCUCUGCAGACAAAGAAUUGCUGCUGCUGUUGGCCUGCCCACGACUUUAGCUAUUGGAGUGUACGACCAGGUGCGACCCAGAUGUUGCUGCAACAGCAGCAGCAGCAGCAGCAGCAGCAGCAGCACAAGCUCCCAGCCGCAACCGGUCGCCGCAGACGACUCCGCAGCCGGUGCCGCAGAAGCUGCUGCUCCUGCUCCUACAAACAACAGCAGCGAAGCUUCCGCUGAGGAGCAGCACGCAGUCAGGAAGCAGCAGAAGGCAUUAAUCUGUGCAAUAUCUAGCCAUGGAUCUCCGCAGCAGCUACCGUUCUUGCUGCUGCAGCGUGGCCAGCAGCAGCAGCAGCAGCAGCAAGAGCAGCAGCAGGUGCUGCAGCUGCUGUCGCCGCGAGUGCUAGCAUUUGCUGCUACGUAUCGGCCUAAGGAAAGCAAAGUUGGAACGAAUCGGAAGCAGCGCAGAGCUGCCAGGAGGAACAGACGCAAGCUACAGCGACAGCAGCAGCAGGCUGUAGCAGCAGCAGCAGCUGCUGCUGCUGCUGCACCUGCUGUUGCUCCCGCUGCAUCUGCUGCUGCAGCACCUGCUCCAACUGCUGCUGCUUCUGGAGCAUCUGCUGCUGCUACGGAAGCUGAAGCGUCCGCUGCCGAAAAGUGUGCUGCUGCAACACUCGAUGCCACCGCUGCUGCUGUAGCGGAUGCAGCCGUUUCUACUGCUUCUGGAGCAGCUGAUGUUGCUCCUGCGGCUGCUGGCUCGGCGCCCGCUGCUGCACCUACUGGUGUCACCUCACAGCUUGCUGCUGCACCUAGUGGUGGCGCACCUGCUGCUGCUAUUUCAGCACCUGCAGCUAGCGCUGCAGCACCCGCUCCUGCGGAGCAGCAGCUUUGCUGCAGAGCUACUGCUGGCUGCUCCUAA